AUGAGUUGUGAAGUAGAAGACCAGUAUGAGGUGUUAGAUUGUUUACAGUUAGAGCAGUACAAGGCUCCUGUGGUACAGUUUUCCAAAGAUAGAAUAUUACCAAUACCUUCUAAGUCUUCAGAAUUGGAUAGAGAAGUGGAGGAGGAAUUGGCCUUGGAAAUGAGUUGUGAAGUAGAAGACCAGUAUGAGGUGUUAGAUUGUUUACAGUUAGAGCAGUACAAGGCUCCUGUGGUACAGUUUUCCAAAGAUAGAAUAUUACCAAUACCUUCUAAGGUUUUAAUGAACUCAGGGAAGACUUCGGAGUCGGAAUCGGAUCAAGACACGUACUUUGACAGUACAAUUAAAUAUCAGCAAAGAAAUGAGGAUGUCAUAGCAAAGAAAACAAUGUCUAAAAUGGAACACUGUAUAGCAGGGUAUUUAUCUGCAACACCAAUUUCCCCACCUCCAAAGUCUGCCAAGGAUUUUACAUCCGGACCACCAAUUUCCCCCCGUCAAAAGUCUGCCAUGGCUUUUACACCCACAGCACCACCUCCCCCACCUCCGAAGUCUGCCAUGGCUUUUACAUCAGCAGCACCACCUCCCCCACCUCCAAAGUCUGCCGUGGCUUUUACAUCCGCAACACCACCUCCCCCACCUCCAAAGUCUGCCAUGGCUUUUACACCUGCAACACCAAUUCCCCCACCUCCAAAAUCUGCCAAGACUUUUACAUCCGGACCACCCAUUCCCCCCCAUCGAAAGUCUGCCAUGGCUUUUACACCUGCAACACCAAUUCCCCCACCUCCAAAGUCUGCGUUAGCUUUUACACCCGCAGCACCACCUCCCCCACCUCCAAAGACUGCCAUGGCAUUUACACCCGGAACACCACCUCCCCCACCUCCGAAGUCUGCCGUAGCUUUUACAUCCGCAACAUCACCUCCCCCACCUCCCCCACCUCCCCCACCUCCAAAGUCUGCCAUGGCUUUUACACCUGCAACACCAAUUCCCCCACCUCCAAAGUCUGCCGUGGCUUUUACAUCCGCAACACCACCUCCCCCACCUCCCCCCCAUCGAAAGUCUGCCAUGGCUUUUACACCUGCAACACAAUGUACCCAACGUGCUCGAAAGUCUAGGUUGGCUUUUACACCCGCAGCACCACCUCCCCCUUCUCCACAGCAUGGGAGAUCUUCAAGACAGACUUCCAUAUGUAAUAGAUUCUCAGGAGCUGAUGAAUGCUUAUUGGACAGAGUCUCCUCUCCGGUGACUGAAGGAUUAUCGCAUUGUUUUGGCCAAUCUCAGCAAUCUGCAAGGCCUUUAUCAUCAGCCAAUAGAGGUGGAAAGUCUACAGAAGACCUGAUAUCUCUAAGUGUAUUGGAUGAGAACAAGAAAUUCAGAAAGAAAAAAAUGUCUGCAGUGUUUAAAGAUGAGUCAGUGGAUUUACCACGCAGACUUAGGACGGCUGUGGCUAGAGAAAGACCUGAUUUAACAGAUGUCCGUACUUUUUGUAUGGAAGAUGCUGGUUCAAAACAGACUUAUGGGUAUGGGUCCGCGGAGCGUAGUAGAGGUCUUCAUGUAGAUGAUGAUAGGUUUCAGAAACUUCGAAGACGAGCAGGCAUUGAGACUGACAUAUUACAGGAUAUUUCAGAUGUUGGGACAAUAAUGCCAACAGUUGCUAAGGCAGCAUUGAAAAACCUGAGUAAAAAAGACCUUGACACUCUUAAAGCACUUCAAAAUAGACUUGGAGGUUGGACCAGAAGCCAGGUGGAGAAAGAGCUCUUCAUUGAUUUGACGGCCUGUAUGGAGACUCUGAACACUGCGGGACUCAAGUCAUUAGGAAACAAAGUUGCUAUGGAAAUAGAAAACGUUUUGGUAGCAGCUUUUGUCGUCAUGUGGAUGCUUAAGACACUGGUGCCAGAGCUGUUCCCCCUAAAUACUGAGACAAGGGGAUGGUCAGACAGUGUUGUCAACAUAGCCAAAGGAGUGCUGGAGAUCUAUGACCAUGAUCAGUCUUUACUAGACAAGGCCAUUUCAUAUUGUGAUCAGAUUGAGAGAGCACACCCUAGAGUCGCUUCAAUCCUAGAACUGGGACCUAACUGGUUUGCAGUAGCACUGAAAAUGUUGGGUUGUUAAUUAUCAAAUACUGUUUUAUUAUCGAUAGAAAAAACAGCUGCCUUUUGUCUGUUGUUUUGUUGUUGGUAGAUGUCAGAUUGUCAUUGAGUCCACAAAGAUCCCCAUUUACAGUACCUUGGAAUUCAGUAUUUAUAUUCUGGACAACUGCAACCUUGAGCUUUGAUCUAUCUAGCCAAUAUCUGAAAUCACAGAUUUUACCAAUGCAUUUGUGAUAUCUAUUGUUCUUCAUAAGGAUAUCAAAUUUUUAUUUUCAUAAUAUAAUGAACUUGAUCAAAACAUUGGCAAAAAUUACCAAUGUCAUUUACAAAGAGUUCAUCAAAAUGUCAUGCCAGUGAUAUUAUUUUUAAGAUCUAAUUUUUGUACAUUAUUUUUGGCAUUUUAUUAGGUCACCUGAGCCGUGCGUUGUUAACUUUUCACAUAUUCGACUUCUUCUCAAGAACUAGUCAAUGGAUUUUGACCAAACUUGGCACAAAGCAUCCCCAUGGGAAGCCGCUUCAAGUUUGCGAAGAAAAAGGGCAUGGCCCCAAUAGGGGCCCAGGAGGGGGGAAAAGGGGGUAAAAUUAGGUAAAUCUUUAAAAAUCUUCUUCUCAUGAACCAACGGUCAGAUUUUCCUAAAAUUCAUAAUGAAUGAUUCUUAGAGCAAGGUCUACAAAGUUUGUGAAUUAGAAAAAAAUUGGGUCAGAAACAGGCCCUCCAGGGGGCACUAAAAAGGAGUCAAAAUUCAAAGUUGGUGGAUUUGAACCAAAUUUAGUAUAUAGAGUCCUCACGUGAAGAACAUGUGACUUUGAGUUGAAAAAAAGUGUCUGAGGGGUUCUGGGGCCACAUGGGUGGCAAAAAGGGGUCAAUUAGAUUUUUUUUUGAAAAUGGGUUUUAAUGGCAUUGACCAUGUUUUUGGGUUACAACCACACUAAGCACAAAGCAUCUGUGUAAUAAGACACAUUUAGUUUGGGGAAAAAAGUAAUGGCUGCAAUAGGGGCCCCAGGUGGGGGUAAAAAAGGAGUAAAAUUAGGUAAAGUAAGCUUCUUUAAGUUUACAAUAGAAAAAGGUGUGGCCUCAAUGGGGGCAUAUUUAAUGGGCAGAAAGGGGUAGAAUUUGUUAAAUCUUAGCAAAUCUUGUUGUCUUGAACCAAAAGUGUAACUUCAUAUAGAUGAUCUUAAGGGAAAGAACGGCAAAGUUUGUGAGAAUAAAAAUAACUGGUCCAAAAUUAGCCCUUCUGAUAGUUGUUACAUAUUAAUCUUUAAUAAAGACGUGUUGUGUGUUUAUGACAACCAUAUAGGCGAGAAAAAAAUGAGCUACAUGUAUAAUAUGGUUCAAUAACUGUGGUAACACUACAUUUCUCAGCCUUUAUACAUAUAUAUUCCUGUCUCAGAAGUACCACAAGAUUUUUUCACAUUGUUUUAUGGGAGUUUUUUUAGUUGGAUGCCUUAUUGUAUUAGGCAAGGAAAAGAUUGUGGAUAGACUUGAAAUUGAUCUGAUUUUUUGUAUACUUUAGCUAUACAUGUAUCUACUAAGAUAUAUUUCAACUUGUAAAUGAAAACAUGAUUUGCUUUAUAUAAAUGUGCAACCCUUGCCUCUGUUUGGCUAAGACAUUUUGGACUUCCUCUCAAGAACCACUGGGUGGAUCAUGUUCAGACUUGGUACAGAUGUUUUACACACGGUCCUGCACAAGUGUUGUUACAUUUUUGCAACAUUUUAAAAUCCCCAGAUUAUUGACAUAUAUUCCUCUGGUGACCGUUAAGGCCCCUUGGGCCUAUUGUUAUUCUUUGUAGUGAUGUUUUGUUAUUUUUUAUUAUAUCAAUUUUCCCAAUGUUUUAAGGUUUUAACUUUACAAAAGUAACUGAUGUAAGCUUAUAAUUUCAUGAAAUUGAGAGAUUUUUGCUUUUUGCUUUUAAGGUUUAAAAUGUAGUUAAACAUUAUGAUAUGACAUUGUAAAACAGAC